GCCGGAGCCAUGCUGGCGAGGGCCGCGGGCCGGGCCGGGGCAGGCCUCGGGCUGCUGCAGCGCUCCCAUCAGCUGAAGCGUGCAGCAUGGCUGGCCCCAGCUCCGCACCGCUGGAACUCCAGCCUGCCUAUGAAUAUUGGGGUUCUGUUUGUGCCGCAGCAAGAGGCUUGGGUGGUGGAGAGGAUGGGCAAGUUCCACCGAAUCCUCGAGCCUGGUUUGAACUUCCUCAUCCCUCUGCUGGAUCGGAUUCGUUAUGUGCAGAGCCUCAAAGAAAUCGUCAUUAACGUCCCAGAGCAGUCAGCUGUCACCCUGGAUAACGUCACCCUCCAGAUCGAUGGUGUUCUCUAUUUGCGGGUUAUGGACCCCUACAAGGCCAGCUAUGGGGUGGAAGAUCCUGAGUACGCAGUGACCCAGCUGGCCCAGACCACCAUGAGAUCUGAACUUGGCAAACUCUCCCUCGACAGAGUCUUCAGGGAGCGUGAGUCCCUCAAUGCCAACAUUGUGGAUGCCAUCAACCAGGCUUCAGACUGCUGGGGCAUCCGUUGCCUGCGCUACGAGAUCAAGGACAUCCAUGUACCCCCACGUGUGAAAGAAUCUAUGCAGAUGCAGGUGGAGGCAGAGCGACGGAAGCGGGCGACAGUGCUGGAGUCGGAGGGGACGAGGGAAUCGGCUAUCAACGUGGCUGAGGGGCAGAAGCAGGCCCAGAUCCUGGCAUCAGAAGCUGAGAAAGCUGAACAGAUCAACAAAGCUGCUGGAGAAGCCAAUGCCAUGCUGGUCAAGGCCAGGGCAAAAGCAGAGGCUAUUCAACUACUGGCAGCUGCUCUGGCACAGCAGCAUGGCAGUGCUGCCGCCUCUCUCUCAGUGGCAGAGCAAUAUGUGAAUGCCUUCUCCAAUCUUGCAAAAGACUCCAACACCCUCCUGCUGCCCUCCAACACUGGCGAUGUCACCAACAUGGUUGCACAGGCCCUGGCCAUCUACACCACGUUGACCAAGCAACAGACUGUGAAGACCCAGGAUGAGGCACCUCCAGCCUGUGAAGAACCCCAGCCUCCCACCACUGAGGUGCUCAAGGCAGAGCAGGCUGGCUCCAGCUAGCAGGGCCAGCAGCAUCGCUCAUCCUCGCUCGGGACCUGCUGGGAUACGGCAGUCCUCUUCGGCUGUCUUCCCUGGUCAGGUGUUCUCUUUCCCUCAGUCCUUAUUUUGUAUUUGGAUUUCAAUCAUGGAAUAAAUGGUACCAGUGCUGCUGCAGUGGGUCCCUGG